GAAAGAAAGAUAGUGUUCAAAUUUUCUACAUUCAUUCAUGAUCGAUUUGUUUGCAACUACAACUAUAGUAAGGUUUGAAGGUGAAGUCAAUAGAAUGUACAAAACGGGCGUAAUGUCCGAAGCUGCGUUGGAGCCUGGCGUGAUAACGCAAAGUAUACUCGUUUCUUUAGCGAUCGAUCAGGGGCCAAAGAGAGAAGCCGGUAGAUUGUUCUUACAGGAUGGAAUUGAAUUAAACAAACUGAAGGAAAUACGCAUUGAAUUCCUCAAUAUCCUGAACAUUGAUCACCUUUGGAUGUUGGAAAAUCUGGUGAAAUUGACACUGUCCCACAAUGUUAUUGAACGAAUCGAGAAUCUGGACGAGCUCGUUCACUUGCGCGAGUUGGAUCUCUCGUUUAACCGCAUCAAAGUUAUGGAGAAUCUGAAUAAUCUCAAGCUGGAGAUUUUGCUCUUAUUCAGCAACGAGAUCGCCGUUGUGCAGGGCAUGGAUAAUUUAAGCAAACUGAUCAUCUUAAACAUCGGCAAAAAUAAGAUUACCGGCUGGGAGCAUGUAACGUACUUACGCGACUUCAAGGCUCUACGGAGUUUGAAUGUAUGUGAAAAUCCUUGCGCCGAGAUCGACGGGUAUACGGAUUAUGUAUUCGCAUUCAUACCGCAACUGCUUUAUUACCAAUACAGAAUGAUACCGGAGAGCGCGCGACAAUCCGCCGUAGAAAAGCACUAUCGCGUAAUUAGUAAUCUCGAGGAAAAUGAGGCAAAGAAGCAAGCGGAAGUAACAUUACAACGAGAAUUCGAGGAGAAGCUUAAAUUGUUAACCAUGUCGUACGUGGAGCAGCUCGAGGAAGAUUAUCUUUUCCAACAAAUGUUUGCUUCUGACAAAGGCGGCAAGGAUCUUAGUACGGUAACUGAAGAAGCGCGAGAUAUAUUCGAGAAAUACAGAGAGUCCUUCUCCGGAAUAUGCAACGAAUUGUGCGAACUGGGUUUACAGGAACGUGAUAAGAGAGAGAAGGAAAUAGCGUUAUUCGAAGUUGCUGUUGACAAAGGCGAGGAGGACAUGCAAAAUGAAUCGAGAAGAAUUGUGGACGAGGUACUUGAAAGAAAGAUGGUAAUAUUUGCAAAUAUAAAAGAUGCAGUAGAAGCUCUGGUGGAGGCGAAGGGCGAUGUGGCUGAUGAAAUCGCUGAGCAAACGAAGCAAUUGUUUAAUGAAUUCAACGAUUUGUUACAAAAUGCACGAAAUAGACUAAUGUCUAAAGAACUCGUAUUACACAAUCAGUUGGAAAAGCUAAAUCAAGUCUUCGCGACCAACAUGACAGACAUGAUCAACUUAUUCUUGGAGGCUGCUCGAGCAAUCUUUUCGCGUUUGCGAAAUGCAGAAAUUGAAUAUAACAAUUCCGUAAAUAUGGCGAUUCUACGUUAUCUAAAUGAUUUUGAGGACAACGAAGACAUACCGGCUCAUUUCACGGAUCUAUGCGGCGAUGAAGAUAUUUUGGCAACCACUCUUACUGCAUCGCAAGAUAUACAUUUGCAAAUAAUAAACAAUCGAGAGCAGUAUAUGAUCAGUCGGCUCAAUGAUUGGCUUAAAGAAUAUAUCGAUCAAUUGAUAGCAAAUGAAACUAAGCGAAGCCGUCAACAUAUACUGGAAAUAUCACAUUUCUUCGGAUUGCUGCAAGAGGAAUUCAACUCGCUCAGUGUACCGCAUCAAUUAGACAUAACGGACAUUGAGCUAGAUGACGUGGCUAUACUGUAAGACGAUGUAACGUUCAACGA